AUGUCCACAUUGAGCUCGAUAACAUUGAAACUGUGUGAUCGGUUGGCAGCCCUCAGAGGGGCGGUCACUUCGUGGGAGGUUUAUGUGAAGCUAGUCUACAUCAAGUACUGGGUCGUUAUCAAACUUGAUCUACUGCGAAUCCAAUUCGAGCGGAAGAUUCUCUUGAGGCCAUCUACUGAGCCUGUGGUGAAGGCUCUCCGAUCCUGCGGGAUGAGGCCGGCAGCCGAUGACUCCGCCCUCUCUGGCGGCUAUGUUGGAGCCGUGAGGAAAGUGAAAAUUGAGGCUAGCCAGAGUGAUGGGCAUCCCGACAGUGUUGUGGUGAAGAGCAUUCCGGAGACUUUCGGAGCCCGCAUGUUCGCUGGUAUGUUCGGCAGUGCUCAGCGCGAGGCCCGGUUCUACGUCGAGAUAGCGUCAAGUCUACCGGUUCCCAUUCCCAAGGUUUAUCUGAGUAAAUGGAGUAGGGCCAGAGGAAGCGAGUUGAUUAUUAUGCAGAACGUCGGCGAUGGUUUGUUGGCUGAGGAGCUGAAGAAAUGCAAAGAUCCACAGAAAUUGGUUGAGGAAUCAUUUAAGGUCGCUGCCAGAUUCCACGCUAAAUACUGGGGAGCAACGCCGUCUACUCUCACACAGACUCUCUUAGCCAAUACUCUUGGCUGA